AUGCUCACCGCGCCCGCUUCCGGCCACCAUCCUCUCCCGCCCGACCGAAAUGGCCAGUCUGCACCCUCGACCGCCCCCUACGACUUCUUGCCCUCCGUCAGCUUCGAUGACCUCCAUGCCAGCAUCCAGUCCGCCUCGACCGACUUCAAGCUGACCCGCUUCCCCUCGCCCACCGGAGACGCCUCCAUCCUCGACACCUCGGCCAUGGCUGACCGAAGGCUGCACUCUCAGAAGCCUGCCGUGGUCGGCCAAGCGCGCGUCGCCAAUCCCCCACCAGCCACCAGGCCCGGGCGCUCGGGUUCCAUCCUGCGGAGACCUAGCACCUCCAGCAGGCAACCCAGCACAUCCUCCAUCGUCUCCUCCUCUUCCGGUACCCUCGAAGCCCCCACGGGUCCCACGACCGCGCGGACGCGUCGUCAGAGCCACUACCCUCCCAUCUCGAAUCCCCAUGUUGCGUCCAAGCCUCCUCGCAAAUCCAUCGGCCCUGGCGUCGUUGGGGACGUAGACGCCGAGAAGCAAGGUUCUCGAGGACGACGCCCCAGCCUGAGGAGUGAACGGGGAGUCGCCCGUGACUCGUCCCGGAGAUCUGUCGAUGGCUCGUCCGGAACGGUGGCCGACGGGCCGCGGGUUACGGCAACCUCGAGGGCCGCCAAGGCAAAAUCCGUGCAACCACCCCCGCGGUUGAGCCAAACAAACACGUUUGCUGCUUCCAGCCUGACCCCGGACCAGAACCCUCUGUCGACUCUUGCUUCGCGCUCGCCACGUGGCGCCGGGAGGGGCAUGACGCAGACGUCUGGUGGCAAGAGGGCUUCCAUGAUGCCUGGCGCCAAUCACCCUUCCCAUGCCACGGGCCUUGGCGCCAGGACCAUCAGUCCCACUGACACGAGGAGGAUGAAGAGACUGUCCACAAUGCCCCAGUCGCAAAGUCUCAACGCCGUUUCCAACACAUUUCCCCCUCCGCCGCCCAUCUCGUUGGACUUGCGGGCACACUCCAGGUCUCCCUCCAUGAUCCCUCGCAGGACAUCAGCCACUCCUUCCUCUGCUCGGACUACCCCGGAUGCCAGCAAUCGCAAGUCGUAUAGCUCGGGCCUCUCUGCCGGCUCCGCGACGAGCUUCAACACCAUGCGGACUUCCUCGGCCUCGUUGCAACCCCGGCUUCCCCAGUCGUCGUCCACGUCUCGGCUCCCUGCGCCAAAGCACACGACUGUGCACAACCAGCUCCCCGCCGAGGACCAAGAGGACGUUCCUCCGGUUCCGGCCAUUCCCAAGGCCUAUGAGUCUCCCAAGGAUUCCCCGGCCGAGGCGUAUUUCACGGAAAGGGGCAAGGCCAGUUUGGGCACCGUCGACUCCCUGGUCGGCUACGGCAAUUUGACGGGCAGCAUCUCCAUGCCCGUUCAUCCUGAGCCAACCAAAGCACAGCUGCACAGGACCAGCGUCAGGAAGAGCUCUGCCGUUGACACAACGUGCGCAGACGAGGAGACCAACGGCACUAAGCCGAAAAAGCAGCUUCAGCCUCUCAGGCUGCCACCGCUCAACAUUGGUCCCCUGAGCAUCCCCACCGCUGCCAAGGUUGCCUCGCUUCAGGACUCAAUCGACUCUGGGCGCGACCUAAGCCCUCCGCCCGCGAGGCGAUUGCCCAAGACGCCCUCGACUCCGCUGACCGCGUGCAAGAGCUCGUUCUUUUCAAAGAAUAAAUAUGACGACACGCUUGAUUUUGCCUUCCUAAGAAGCAGCAGCUCGAUUCAUCAGACUUAUCGAGUAACCCCGACGCCACCAGAGGCAGAUUCUUCGGACUCGUCGAUAGCUACCUCGGAGAACAACUACAAAUCGAGCAUAUCGCCGUUUUUGUCAUCAUCACUGCCCAAGGGAGGGGUUGACCACGGCCUUUUCAAGAGGUCAAAAACGGGCGGGGACUACAUCACCCUCACUGGAAACGAAUUUGACGAUGCGGUUCAGCGAAAGCCUGCCGGCCCUAGGGGACCGAGCCUGGACAUGCCAAUACCCAAGUCCCCGCCGCCUUCGGAUCCCAUUCCGGAGACUCCUCAGACUCCGUCGUCGAUUAACUCGCUGCGGAGAAAGCUCAGUUUAUCGUGGAAGCGCAGCAGCCCCAAGGGCAGCACGACCGCCUCGGGCGAUACUGCGGACAAACCGGCAACGCGACAGCAGGCCAGGCAAGAGAGCAUGCCGCCCCCUCGGAUCCCUGCGUCCGCCACGAAUAUCAACCUGCCAAGCGCGAAACGUCGCGGUCCGAGUCCUACCGCAGCCCCCAAUGGUACUUAUUUGGAGUCCAGGAGACGCAAAAGCUCUGCGGCAAGCUUGACCCCCCACUUCACCCACGACAGAGUGCAAAGCGACACUUGGACCAGCAGUAGGAAGGCCAUUGGCGACUCAAACACGUUGCCCACAAGCCACAGUUUCGGGGGUGUCAACAAGGCUCUGAAGCCAAGGACCUCGCUGAGCGCUUUCAGCAGCGGAGGUUAUUCGGCCACCGAGCUAGACAAGGAUGACUUGGCUGCAGAGGAGGAAAUGCGCAAGAUGGGCUCUCGACGCAAGGAAACAGAAGUCGCUGCCAGGGCUCUCGAUGCUCUGAGAAUGCGGGCGACGCCGAAGGAGCGCGUCAGCCCCAAAGAGGCCAUCCGCAUAGCCAUGCUGAACAUUUACGAGCGCGGGGAGAUUAUCGACUUCGGGGACAUCUACUUUUGCGGCACGCAAAACGCCCACAAGGUCGUGGGAGACGUGCAGUCCGAUGCGCCCAACUUUGGCUACGACGACGAGCGCGGAGACUACACGAUUGUUCCGGGCGACCACCUCGCAUAUCGCUACGAAAUCAUCGACGUGCUGGGGAAAGGCAGCUUUGGCCAGGUUGUUAGGUGCAUCGACCACAAGCUGGGAGUGCUUGUCGCCAUCAAGAUCAUCAGGAACAAAAAGAGGUUCCAUCAGCAAGCUCUUGUCGAGGUCAACAUUCUGCAGAAGCUUCGCGAAUGGGACCCCAAGAACAGGCACAGCAUGGUCAACUUCACCCAGCACUUCUACUUCCGUGGUCACCUCUGCAUCUCGACCGAGCUGCUGGACAUGAACCUCUACGAGUUCAUCAAGGCCCAUGCGUUCCGGGGCUUCUCCUCGCGCAUCAUCCGGCGCUUCACGAAGCAGAUACUCAGCUCAUUGAUCCUGCUCAAGCAACGCAAGGUGAUUCAUUGCGACCUGAAGCCUGAGAAUAUCCUGCUGCGGCACCCUCUGCAUUCCGAGAUCAAGGUCAUCGAUUUUGGAUCCAGCUGUUUUGAGAACGAAAAGGUGUAUACGUACAUUCAGUCUCGCUUCUAUCGGUCGCCCGAGGUCAUACUCGGCAUGACGUACGGGAUGCCCAUCGACAUGUGGAGCGUUGGCUGCAUCCUGGCGGAGCUGUACACGGGAGUUCCCAUCUUCCCGGGCGAGAACGAGCAAGAGCAGCUCGCUUGCAUCAUGGAGGUGUUUGGGCCGCCGGAGAAGCACCUGAUUGAGAAGAGCACGCGGAGGAAGCUCUUCUUUGACUCUGUUGGCAAGCCGCGGUUGACCGUCUCGUCCAAGGGCCGCAGGCGGCGCCCCUCGUCCAAGACGCUGCAGCAGGUCCUCAAGUGCGACGACGACGUCUUUGUCGACUUUUUGGCGCGCUGCUUGCGGUGGGAUCCCGAGCGGCGGCUGAAACCUGAGGAGGCCAUUCGCCACGAGUUCAUCACCGGACAGAAGCCUGCACCCCCGGCCGCGCGCGUCCCUACCCGAGAUUCCUCUCCGGUGAGACGCAGCAACACGAUAUCCACGCCGCGGCCGUUGCCGGAUCCGCCCGGCGCUGCGGGCAAAGUAAUGAGCGCCGUCGCGCGCACGGGUGCCAGCCCCCAUAAGCCGGUGUCCGGGGCUGCGCGACGCAUUUCUGGCGCCACGGCAGCCACUGCCGCGAGCAUCAACAGGCGAACCAGUGCGGGGAGCGGCGCCAUCAGUGGCUCCUCGAGCGGCCUCCCUCGAGCAGCGGUGAGGGUGACGAGCGGGAAACAGGAUCUCGCCGCCGCGGGAGCCACAGCUGCCAUGAACCGUCGAGCGUAG